CAGCGCGAGAAAGCGCAGGGGAGCAGAGCUAGCCAAUUAGAGGCCUAGUUUUUAUCUACGCUUCUUCUUGAGAAAUGUAAGACCUGUCCUCCAAUGAGAGCUCGAGUUUUCGCAAAUCUUAACCAAUAGAAGGCUUGAAGGAGAAGAUGUCCCGCCUUAAGCCAAAGGAACCAAUAGGAAACGCGGGCGGUGUGUUUGAAAGCGAGGCCAAAGAGGGUGGGAGCGCGUGCUUCUGGGAGUUGUUUGGAGGUUGGCCGUGAGCGGUCGACGGUCCUAAGACAGAGUGAUCAUGUCGCACAAACAAAUUUACUAUUCGGACAAGUACGACGACGAGGAGUUCGAGUACCGGCAUGUCAUGUUGCCCAAGGACAUAGCCAAGCUGGUCCCUAAAACCCAUUUGAUGUCUGAAUCUGAAUGGAGGAAUCUUGGUGUUCAGCAGAGUCAGGGAUGGGUCCAUUAUAUGAUUCAUGAACCAGAACCACACAUCUUGCUGUUCCGGCGGCCUCUGCCCAAGAAGCCAAAGAAAUGAAGUUGGGGAGCCAUUUUUCAGCCUCAAGCUUUACACAGCUGUCCUCACUAACAUCUUUACAUUAUUACUGUGCCUUGUUGUUUCUCACUUUAAUAUUUAAAGGAUGUUCAAUACACUGAAUGUGCUGGUGAAUGCUUUACUGCUUGAGCAGAGCCAACAGCACCAUGACCCAGCUAGAUGAGUGUUCUGGACUGCAGCCUCGGCUGAGUGUGACCCCAUAAGCCAUGGUGAGGAAGCAUCUGAGACCAAAACCAUGCCGUUACAGGGAUUGUGUAAACUUGCUAUUUUGUUUUUUUCCUGCCAGGUGUUGUAAGUAUGGUGAUUUGUGUUUCAUGUGUUGGAAAUUCCAUUUUAUUCAAGAAAUCUUUUCCAUGUUAAAAGUCUUGAUUAAAGAGGAAGUUUUUAUAAUCAAAGGCUCUAAUUGUAACGAUUUCCCCCUCUCCAGUGAGCAUCACAUUCCAUAUCAUGGUCGAAUUAUAUACCCUUUGGUUAGAUAAUGACGCUCAGCUUCUACUGAUAAUGAGGCAAUACUUGGGUAAUAUUUCAAUAGUCAGGUAAUUGGUUUUUAAUCUACUUAAAGCAGACAUCUACUGAAAUACAUUUUACUCCAUUAGCCUGAGAGAGAGGUUAUAUAGGCACAACAUCAUCUCAUCAAAACAAAUGAACUAUUUCCUAUAGUCAGAGGUGGUGCUUUAAUAUGGUCUUGAUAUUUGAAGGGUGUUGAGGAUAAAGAGUAAAGAUUGUCAGCUGGAGACUACUGAUGUGCCCCACUUCCUGCCCGGCCUAAGAUUCAAGCACACCUGUUCACUGUGCACAUUGGUUGGAGAUA